AUGAAGGCCAGCGCCUGCAGCCAACCCUCCUUCAGGGUGGUAGCAGUGCUGGUGGCAGUUGCGGUGGUCGUGGGGUGGGGCGCUACGGCUGUGGACGCGCAUGGAGACCACGACAUCAAGAACUUCCAUCGGAGCCGAGGCAGCCUCUACGGCGGCGGAGCGUUGGAGGCCGCCCACCACCAGAUGCCCACCACCGACCGCGCGCUCGUUGAACACGUCCCGCCCUCCGCCAUCGUGAUGCCCGAGAACGCGACGGAGGAGGAGAUCUGGCUGAUGGCCGGUAUGACGUCCGAGCGCCACUGUAGUGACAUGGCCAACUACCGCUCGCUCUCGGAGAUCAUUUCCGUGUCUCUUCCUCUUCCCAUCAACUUGAUAUUCGUCGGCUUCGACGGUGAUGGCGAGCACGGGCUCGAACUGGUGGAGGAUAACUUCAACGAGUGGUUCGAGCACAUCGACCACUUUGUGCGUCACCGCAUUGUGCCCGUGGGCGAGGAACAGACCACCACCGAGCGACGCAAGACCCCCAAGACGCACGUCAAGUAUCAGCUGAAUUACAACCUGGUGAAGCUGGACCCGUUGGUGAACACGAUCGUGGAGGACACCAUCUACUGGCAUCUCCGACCGGAAGACCCCAAUUACAAAAAGGCCGGGGAAGACUUCCAUGCGGGUGAGCACGAACAGAAGGACGAGCCAAAGGGCGGUAAUGAGAAGUUCUACGUCGAUGCCUUCAAGCUGUCGCGCGUGCUCUAUCACCUCAUCCUCUCGGUCAACCUCACCGACAGCUACACGCUCUUCAUCAUGAACCCCAAGAAGGCGGUCGGGUCCGACCAAACCUACGGAUACCGCGUCGGAUUCUCGGAGGCGGAGAUCUCCGAACUGCAGAAGCGCACCGCUGAAUGGUCGGUCGACCCGCAACGCUUCCAAACGGUCUCCGAGAUGCCUGACAAGGGCCUGAAUCUGGAGCAAAAGACCGACCUCUUCCCCAAGUCAAACAUCGCAUCCAAGAAUGGGACUUAUCGCACCGUUGACCUCGUUGAACGUUCGCAGGUGUGGCGCCCACUAUUGCUGGAGCCUGCGACCCCGGCCGCCAGGGCUUACCUUGUGCACUGUGAACAGGAAUGGGCGCACUGGUAUAUCAAGCACAUGGUGGAGGGCGGGGUCAAGCUGGCCCACCUCUGCGCUGAGGGCAGCGGGGAGGAUGACCCCAACUGCCUAUGGAAGACCCAGCGCGCCGAGGAGCAUGACAUCGUCAAGCUCGCCCAGGCGAUUGCCGCGUCAGGCAGCAAGGCGCAAGUGGAGUAUCUUGCCAGCAUCAAGGAAGGCAAGGCCCAAGAGGACUGCCUCGUCGAUAACUGGGUUGGUCACGCCAGGUACGCGUGGCUGGACCUCUCGGCUGGGCCGUUCAAGUGGGGUCCCGUGGUGGCAGGACAGGGCGUUCGGUCUCACUCGACACUUCCCCGCGUGCCGUCGCACUACGCUCUGCACCCCGAAGCCGACCCAAAUGCGCAUCCCGUGAAAGCUCACGUUCUGCGUGGCAGUGAGCAAGAGGAGCUGCAGGCCUCGCCCAGCCCAGUCGGAAACGUGAUCGCCAGCAAGGCCGCGGCGGAGGAGCGUACGGCUCUGCUGGCCAGGCUGAAGCAGGAUCUAGUGGUGCUGCAAGGCGUGUAUGAGCAGCGCUGCGCAGUCUCACGGACCCAAUACUGUGACCAUAUGGCCUCCACGAUCCAAAAUCUCGAAGAACAGGUCCGGAACUCGCAGGGUGAGCUGGCGGAUCUCAUGAUCGUGGGCGAUGAGCACGAGGGUGAGGGCGCUCUGUUGAUGCUCGACAACUUCCUGGCCCACCUGGCCAGCGUCAUUUCGCGCACCAUUUCGCACCUGAUCACGCCGGCCAGCCCUCUAUUCCGGGCCUACUACACCCCGCGCAUCACGUUCCACUUUUUCCUCAUCGCCAACCACCGGGAGUUCAACCCACGAAAGACGUUUGACUUCGAACAGUUCAAGGCUGAGAUGAUCAAGUUCAAGCUCCCCAACCAAGAGUUCGCCUUCGUUUUCAAAGAGCUGGAUAUGUCCUCGGACAAGGAGCUGACGAUGGCGUUCACCCACUCACUCCGCACGGGUGUGAUGCCCACGCUCUCGGUCGACGGCACGUUUGCUGCGCAGACCAUCCGCUACCUCGACUCCAUGGACCUACAACACCAGCUUCACCUCCUCAACAUCCACUCUCACGCUGAUGAGGAGUUGGAGAAGGUGGUGCCCAAGGAUGGCAAGGUGAGCACCGCUCCGACGCACGACGAUGAAUCAGAUGACGACCACGAAGGCGACAACCGCUUGCCCGACGAGGUGUUCGGCGCAACGGCUCUUCCCGAGCGUUCCGGCAAGGGCCAGACUUCGCGGCACAUUCCCGUCUUCUUCUUCUCCCUCAACGAUGUGGUGCCGGUGUUUAUCGACAAGUACUACCAGGCCAAGGCCCUGAGCAACGUGGUUCUUGCGGUGCAAUCGCAGCACUUCAACUGGACCAGCAAGCUUGCCUGCAACGACAAGCCCAUCCGCUGGGACCUGCGGGACCCGUUGAAGCCGCUGUUGGCCGCCACGGCCCUGCACUACGGUGGGCUCGUCCCGAUGCACAUCACCUACGACGAGCCCAACCAAUGCGCCGCCCAGGACUGGCUGUGGUCUGUCGGUGACAGCCCACUAGCGCACACGAGCCAGCACCAUCGUUUCUCCCUGCUCCAGCGGGACCUGGCCUACCGCAGCUUCGUCACGAACGCCAUCGAAGACUCGAUCAAGAGCCUCAACGCGGGCAUCAAGACGUUGAGCAAACUGCGCACCACCAAGGCCAACCUCGCGGCGUCGCAGGAACUGCCUUUCGCCGAGCUCUCCUACAGCUACAAGGCUGUGAGACGACUCUGGGACAACCAUGCCAGGGCCUUCGCCACCCUCAAUUUCGAGUCUGCUCUCUCCUUCACCGAACGCCUGCACGAACAAGUCACCAGAUUCCAGGAGCUGGUGCUGCAGACCGAAGAGUAUCUCGAUGUGACGCAGUGCGCAGUCGACAUCGGCGAGGAGGCCUCGGUGGCGGACAUUCUCCUGUCGUCGGACGACAGCUCGUCGUGGUGGAUCCUGCCGGCCUCGCUCGUGUUCAACUUCGUCCUCGCGCUCCUCUGGAUCCUCCUUCGGAAGCGCUCGCGCAAGGUCAAGACCAACUGA